AUGUCUUUUUCGCUGUGGACAGGACGAGAGUUGAAGUCUCGAACAAGCACAAUUGUGAGAGUUGUCUGUACCGAGCCGAGUUGGGACCCCAAAUGGACGAACCGGAGAGGCCAUCGGGACAAUGGGUUCAGUAUCGACAACGAAGCGAAAAAGGUAAGCGGACACGGCGGGAAAUCCUGUCGAAGGAAUUCGGAGGAUCAGAGAGAAGCAAGCCAAUGGGAGAAGUUCCAGGAGCGGGACGAGCCUGUCAACGAUCAGAGUCCGGGAACGUUGAUGGGAAAAGUGUUUACUAUUUCCUUGCUUGCCCAAUUACAAACACCCCUGAUCGGGCUGAAAGUGGAAGACAGCUCAAGAGACGAUUCGACACCCACACAAACCAACAUCACCACUACCUACCGACGACAGAUCGACUGCCCCAACAAUCCCGCAUCCAUUUCCUGUACUUCCAUUCCUGUAUCUGCGCAGCUGUCAGAUGUCCUCCCCAUGUCGAACUCGCAUUCGACCAACCAUGAUGCCGCCGCCGCCGCCGCCGCUCCCGCUGCUGCUUCGGUGAGCCCUGCUCGGCUUGCUGCUGCUGCUGGUCAAGAUGCUUCAAGCUUCGACAUCACUUCUCCAUCUGCCGAGUCCUCUCCCUGCCGUCUGGUACCCCCAGUCGACCCCCCAGAACUAGACCAGGAACAUGGCAUCAUCGUCUCGGCGCCGUGCCUGUCCCCGGGUCCUCCACCACCACCAGCAGACGGACACCAGCCAGGACAUUGUGGUGCUCCUCCUCCCGCUUCUGCUGCUGCCGUCCCCACUCCCACUACCCCCCUGGUCAUCACAGAUAAUACCACAGAUCGUACCGUUGCACAUGCCGCUGCUGCUGCUGCUGCUGCAGACCCGAUCAAAUACCACCGCGGCCCUGCUGCUUAUCUCCAGAGACACCCCUCCGGUCCUGGCGCUUCCUUGCUGACCCAGGCUUUUGCUACAGCUCGUGGCACAAAUCAUAACAAUCCCCAACAUCAACAACAACAACAACCACCACUAGCUGAUAACACCCUUCAACCUCAACCUCAAGUCGUCUCCUCGUCUCAUCUUCUGUCCGCCGUUCCGUCUGAAAGUCAUACUAGACCACCACCACCACCACCACCACAAGACCACCGUUAUAGCCAAGACGAAGAAGAAGACGCCCUGACCCCGAGAGCCGGCUCUCCUCGCAACUCCAUCUUUCACAAGACACAACACACCAUGGCCUCCAUGACUGCUACCGUCACGUCGACCGCCACCAUGACGGGCCCUCCAUUGGGUAACGCCAUCGAGCUCGAUUUGCGUCAGGUCAACUCCAUGCUCAAGGGACACCGCGAAUACCUCACAAAGAAUAAGGGCCGGGCAAGGUCUCCAGAACGGCUCGAGUCUACAGAUGCUGAUAUUAGCAGCCAUCCCGUCAUCUCCACCAAGCUUUCAGAAUCCCCUACCGCUCUAAAUAACAGCAACAACCAUGACGGAGCCGCUGACAACGGUGACAAUGCUAUUCCCAGACUGCGCAAGGAUCAACGAGCACAGACGGUUCCCGAAAAGGCUUGGUCUAUCGGCGUGGGAGAGCUGACCGACGACCAGGACGGCCAGGUCGAAAAGUCCAUCACCGAGGUCCUGGCCGGCGUCGAGCCCAAUGCCCGCAGCCGCAAGGCCAGCCACAGUUUGCGCUUCUUCAAGGAGGGUCUGCCUGAUGAAAAGUCCAAGAAGAAGGACGCCAAGCGAGAGAGACUCACUUCCACCGCCGAGGAGGCUGAGGAGACCGAGACAGAGGGUGAAGGAAAGCCACGGGCCCCUACUGCUGUGCCUGCAUCUACAUCAGAGGACACACAGUUACCCGAAACUGACGAAGCAAGCCAGGCUCGCUCCAUUCCCUUGCUGACUCCAGAAUCCCCGACCGGCAACAACACCGCUCCAGACUAUUUCUUAUCCAAGCUGGUUGAAGAGCCGGCCCAGCUAAAGCAUCAGCCUCCUGCUACCCCGGGUCGCGAGCACACGAGUGCACUACAAGAUACUGCUGCAGCUGUUGGCAAAAGUUCUCCGUCGUUGGAUCGCAAGCCAGAGCCUCGGCGCAAGUCGGAUGCUAGCAUUGAAGGUGGAUCGCAUACAGAGGAAGGCGAAGAGUCUGGGGAGGAAAAGAUUUCGUCGGCCGUGUUCCUACCACAUCAGGGCCCCGAGGAGGCCGAGGAGGAGCACUCCGACGUGCCUGGCGCCGCUUCUUCCCGAACUGCGCUUCCCUCCAGAACACACUCACGUGCUGAAGAUUUCCAUUCGUGGCUUGUGAAAGCGGGUGAGCCUGAGGUCGAAUGUCUAGACGAGUGUCCUGACGUUGAAAAGACCCAUCGGCUUGCCAAGCCUGCUGCCGACAGCGCUGCUACUGUUCCUUUUGUAGGUUCUCAGAUAGACACUGGCAAAGUCAAUGAACCUGCCGUUGCGGACGAGAUUGAAACUGGUGUCCCUCCACCACAGAAGCCAUUCCAGUCCAUUGCGCAUCAUGCUCAUCAUCAUCAUCAUCAUCAUCACCACCACCACCGUCAUCCCGAAGAUGUCGUCCAUGACCACCAAGGGGAGACCAAAGAAGAGCAGCCCCUAGAUGCAAUUGAACUGAUCCCUUACAAACACCAAGUCGGAGGGCACACCACUCUCUGGCGCUUUUCUCGGCGGGCCGUCUGUAAACAGUUGAACAACCGAGAAAAUGAAUUCUAUGAAAAAAUUGAACGAUACCAUCGCGACUUGUUGGCUUUUUUGCCAAGAUAUAUUGGUGUCUUGAACGUUACCUUCCAAAAGAAGCCUCGCCGAAAGUCGGUGCACAAGAAAGACGAGGCAGCUGCUGCGCUGGAAGCCCCUGCAGCGGGCGAAAACGAAGCUACAAGCUCCGGUGCCAAAGGGGAUGAAGCAGCACCAACAACAAACGGCGCCCAGCCGGCGCAGCCUGAGCAGCGCAUGAUUAGCCAGUCGCUGCAGCAACCGCUGGGUCAGAUCCCUACCGUCACCUUUGUUGACAACCAACAUAUUCUCCCCCGGAGCCUGAUUCAACCAGCGUUGGCGUCGUCAAGCUCUUUCACUCGCUUACGGAGUGCCUCCUCGGCUUCUCUCCAUGGGCGUAGGAUCCUCAACGGACAAUGUGCUGAGAACCCCAGCCACAUGUUGCGACCAAGGCUGGAGGAUCGGCAUGCUAACAGCUGGGGAGCCACCAUGGUGAAUAAGCGGCUGCGCAAUGAGGUGUUCAACGACGCCUUCCUCAAGCAGCCCGUUGCUGUUCACCGUCAUAAGAAGGGUCACCAAAGGCCCUUCUCCCGGCGAAGCCUGCAACCAGUUCUCCGCCACACCGAGUCGGAUCCGAACUUGGACGUCGCUCAAGAUGCCAAGCCGCGGGCCAGCAGUGCUGGUGAGGAGUCGCGCCUCAAGCCCUGCGACCUGGUACGAAGCGAGGAGAACCUAGCCACCCGACCGCGCAGCUUCAGGGAAGAAGGAGUGGAAGACGACGGCCCUAAGGACGUGACGGGGACUAGUGCUCCUGAGCCAGAGAUCCUGAAGGAUGCGUCGCCAGCCCAGCCAAAGAAGAAGCGUCGGUACUCGGGGACGGGACUGAGGAGAAAGCCAAAGGAUGUCGAGGAUUCGCGCGGCGACCUGCAGUACUUUGAGGAGGCUGACUCGGCUCCCUACAAGGCUGAUAACGAGGAGCCCGUGUUUGAGUCUGGUGGCGUCCCGGAUGUACCAGGAGCGGAGUCCAUUGGGCCUUUGGACACUACACACAAUGGUACUAAUGGUACCAACGGUGUCGACACCGCCACCGCCGAUGACCUCGCUCCUUCCAGCCCGCACAACGAGAUCACCAAGAUCCCCCGCCCCAUCAACCCCAAAGAAGCUCAGACGCAAACCGACUCCCGCGUCGAGUACUUCUUGCUGCUUGAAGACCUCACUGCCGGCAUGAAGCGUCCCUGCAUCAUGGACCUCAAGAUGGGCACCCGUCAAUACGGCGUCGAAGCCUCCCCCAAGAAGCAAAAAUCCCAACAAGGCAAAUGCGCCAAGACCACCUCUCGCGAGCUCGGCGUGCGCGUCUGCGGUCUCCAAGUCUGGGACGUCGCCACCCAGUCCUACGUCUUCAAAGACAAGUACUACGGCCGCGACCUCAAAGCCGGCCAAGAGUUCCAAGACGCCUUGACCCGAUUCCUCUACAACGGCGUCGACCGCGCCUCCAUCCUGCGGCACAUCCCCACCGUGCUGCACAAGCUAUCAGAACUGGAAGUCAUCAUCAGAAGACUAAAAGGCUACCGCUUCUACGCCGCUUCGCUCCUCAUGUUCUACGACGGCGAACCGCUUCCCCCUCCUGCGCCUCCCACGCCCUCCACCACCACGCACUCGGAAUACGACACGGCCAUGGAAGAUUACUACUCGACCGACUUUGCGACGGAUAACGACGACGCCGUCUCCAUUAAGCAUCGCAUUGACAGUACUUUGAACGGCGGCAGCGGCGGCGGCGGCGGAGGCAAGAAGAAGAAAGACAAGCACGAAAUCGAUUUCAAAAUGGCGGACUUUGCCAAUUGUGUCACGGCCGAGGACUUGGCUGCCAAUGGCAUCGAAGGCAAGCCGUGUCCGCCUCGGUAUCCGCAGGAACCGGAUAACGGGUUUUUGAGGGGUCUGAGGAGUUUGCGGAAGUACUUUUUGAGGAUCCAGAGGGAUGUGAGGAGGGAGUUGGGGUUGGGCACGUGGCGGGCGGUGGAUGAGGAGAUUGAGAGGGAGAUGAUGGAGGAUGCUGCGUAUGGUGCCGAGGAGGAUGAGGGGUUUGUGUCGGAGUGA